AUGCCGCGGAAAGCGCUGCGCUGCGUCCUGCAGCUGGAGCUCUGCUCGAUAACUUGUCCUGGAGUGCAGCUGAAAGACAAACAGGAACUUUAUCUCAGUGUCUUUGUACUUGGGCAGUACCACAAAACUGAAUGUGUCCCUGCAGUGUUCCCACUCUUCUUUCAAGAAAGACUACUAUUUGAAAAGGAAUUUGCUAAUAUAGUUGAUCCUGGAGACCUUGUGAAGUUACUGGAGUUUGACACAGCAGUACUUGAACUAAUACAGCUCGUUCCUCCAGUGGGAAAAGUUCUAGCUACAUAUGAAGAAAAUACAAGAGAUUUCCUGUUCCCUGACCCUAAGCUUACCCAUGGGCUCCGUGGUUUGCAGCGUGAGGUUUUAAUGAAGAGGUCCCCGUCUUUCACAGGAAUUGCACCAAAAUUGAGAUUUUCUACAACCUGCCAUAUUUCAGACAGUCUGUUAAUCUUAGGAAGGAGUCACAUACAGACCGAUAGGCAGUGGGUGCAUCAUCCAACCCCGAAUGGAAGAAUGCCCUCAAAGCUGGCCAAGAAGAGCCCUCCUUCAGCAGAGCAGGGCGGGCCGAGCUCGGCGCUGAGGAGCUACGAGCAGCCCACCAUUGCCUCCAAGUCGCGCUCGCCGUCCCCGUACACCAAGCGCCGCAUGUGCGAGCUCUCGGAGGAGGCCAGGCAGAGACUGGCCCACCUCAACCUGGGCCCUCACGAGUUCAGGAGAGACACUGACAAACCUCCCUUUGUCAUCAGACGGGUUGGACAACCAAGUCCUGGUGCUAAACUUCAUUCCUUGUGUUCCCUGCGAGAAAUCACAGCAGAAGCCUGGCCCAAGGCACCCCAUGAUCCUUCUCCUCUCAACAGCUACAGACCCAAGAAAACUGAAGCAAAAUCCACCAGUGGAAAAGGCUUGGACAGUUCUGCUGUUUACAAGGAGGAUGUGAGCCCAGAUCCACCCAACAGAGAGUCCCAUUCUGCAGCUUCUUUGGAGUGUUCAGCACCUCCAGCAGUUCAGGAGUCUCAGAGUUCUGUGCUGAGUCGAUCUUCUCUGAGGGAAAGAUUUGGCACUGGUUGGCCUUCACCAGCAAAUAUUGAUGAGAUCCAUAAAAGAGUGAAAAAUAUUUUAAGGACACACAGAGCUAGACAGCGCCUCAUAUUUGAUGAUUUGCCUCAGACAAGAGAACCUACAGAUAAUAAGCCCUUGACUGUGAGUGAGCUGCGGAGCAGUUCUCCAGUGCAGCAGAGCACUCCUGUUCACUUGGAUAGUGGUGAACAUUGGCCUGGUCCUGCAGCUGUGUACAAAGAGAAGCCUCACAGAGCAAUCUUGGAGGAGAGUCUUGCAAAAAUAUAUAGAGAGAUGUAUGAAAAAACUGCUGGUGCUGUUUCAGACCACAAAACACAUUCCUGAAAGCAACUCACCUGAA